AUGCACAUAAGUAAGGAAGAAACAUAUCAUUAUGAAAUUGUGCUCUCAAAGCUACAAUUCAAAACAGAAAACAGAAGAAUUGAAACAAGAAAUAAAGUAUUAGCAUGGAAAUAUUACUUAAAUGUCUUCAAUGGAAUUUUCUUGGCUCUGGGUAUUAUGCUUUUGACAUUUGGCUUGUGGCUUUUAUUUGACAGAAACAAUUUAUUCAGUGUGUUGUUUUCUUCAGGUGAGAACCAACCAGUGUCAUGUAUUUCUUUUAUAUUACUUGGAGCUGGAUCUCUUAUUACUUUUACAUCAGCCAUGGGAUUCCUUGGAAGUGUUCAGGAAAUCAAAAGUCUACUAGUUACAUAUAUGUGUUUUCAAGUCAUGGUAUUUGUCACCCAGAUCACAAUACCAGUGCUGGUAUUUCUGAAGAAAGAAGUGGUCCAUCAUCAGUGGAACAACAGAAUUGAUGAAGUUAUUUCUGAAUAUGGGAAUAAGAGUCUGGUUGAGAAGGAACUCGAGUGGAACAUUCUGAAUGCUGUGCAGCACAAUAUGGAAUGCUGUGGAAGAUAUGAUGUCACACAGUGGGAAAAGAAUAAAAACAAGGAAAGUAGUACUCAGAUCCCAUGUUCAUGCACCAAGUCUAGUCUGAAGGAAUGGUUUUGCGAUGUCCCAAGGAAUUCAACAUACAGUAUGGGAUGUGAAGAAUAUUUAGACACAUGGUUUGAAAAUAAUGUUUUGAUCUUAACUGGAAUUAAUAUCAGCCUGCUAAUUACACAGAUAUUUAUGAUCAAGCUAACCAUGCAGUUAUUAAGAAACAUCAGAAAGAAUAAUAUUUGGCCAGAUGAAUGAUGAACUCUCCUGGGCAUUGCUGUAGUGCAAGAAGAUCUGAUUCAUGCCUGUGACAUCAACAAAAUUACUUCCACUAAAAUGUCCAUUGGGCUGUAUGUAUUGUAAUCAAUAGUAUAUUAACAUUUGGGCUAUAAUGUGUUUGUUUAUUGUUCAUAGUUAUAACAGUAUGCUACAAAAGUCUGUGGCAGCAUGCCAUGUACUAGGUGGUGGUUAAAACUUCCUGAAAAACUGAAUAUUAGUUUUCUGAGUCUCCAGAAUAUCAUUGAGAGUGUUAUAAAUAGUACUGUAUAGUAUACUGCACCUUGAAACAGAAGGAUUCAGUCAAGAAACAUACUUAAUAAGUCUUGCUGAUGUUCCUUUAGGCCUUUACUUUUUCUUCUGAUCCGUCUUUAUUUUGUUGUGGGCUCUUGUGCAAUUUAAUUUCUGGGAAUUUCACUGAGUCAUAUAUAUUUGACCCUUACUAGUUCUUUUCCAAGAAGUGUUGUAGUAGGAAUCGUUCCUUCCUGCUGUAUAGCUCUUACCAUUCAUUUAAUCAAAUGGCUUCUGCGGCUUAGGUGGAGUAAGCUUGAAACCCUAAAACACUUUUUAUCAUCUGAGCAGUUAGGUGACCUAGAAUAUCCUGAGGAAAACUGAUGGAAGCAUAUUACAAGUGUAGGUAAUAGCAUGGUUAAUUAUUUUUGGCCAUUUUAACAAUCAAUUUUCCGAUGCUUAUUAAUUUGUUAAGUUUUAUUAAGUUAGUCUAAAAAAUUUCCAUGCCAAGAGUCUGCCACAGACUGAAUUUCUUAUUUAGAGAACUUAAAAUAAAAGUGUCAGUUCAGAGAUGAAGAAUGUGCUUGGAACUGCAUUUGAAUUUCAAACUUGUAUCUUUUUUUCUGCCACCAGUAAAAAUCUAAGAAACAGAGUGAUGAAGUCUCUCAGUCUGUCAUGCCAAUCUUCAGUUUAUCAGUUUAAGAACGGCAGCUAUCUGUUAUCUUUAAGUCUGUAAUGGAUAAAGAGUUUUUAAAUGUAUUACUGAUGUAAUUCAGUCUGAGAAUACAAUCUG